AUGUUAACUCUGGAAGAUCACUUGCGAAAACCUGCUGAUUAUACUGUCUUUCAUCAUUAUCGUGUUGAUGUGUUUUGUAAAGUUCUUGAUUGGCAAUUUCAAGGAAUUAAUGAUCGUUUUGACGAAGUGACAACUGAUUUGCUUCAUGGAGUUGGUUGUUUGAAUCCAAUUGACUCAUUUUCAAGUUUUGAUAUCAAAAAAAUAAUGAAGAUGGUUGAAUUGUAUCCUGAUGACUUUGAUGAAUUUCAGAUGAGUGCUUUUGAGAAUCCACUUGCGAGUUACAUUAUUAAUGUUUGUGAUUUUGAUGAAAGAUUCUCCAAUCUAAAUGGGCUUUCUGAUCUUUCAAAAAGAUUAGUUAAGACAAAGAAGCAUUCAGUUUAUCCUCUUGUAUUCCUCUUAGUGAAACUUGCGUUGCUUCUGCCUGUUGCCACUGCAACUGUUGAAAGAGCUUUUCUCAGCAAUGAAGUUUAUCAAGAAUGA